AUGGCGGGCCAGGGCAACAAGACCGUGACAGCGUACAGAAUCACCAAUGUCUGCAUCAUCCUGACACUCGGCUACAGUAUCCUAUCCAUAGCUGUGUUUCUGAGAACAAAGGGAGCUGUGUGCUCGACAACAUCUUCGGGAGUUAACCUCUCGAUUGCCUUUUCCUUACCUACCAUUAUGAUCAUGGGAGUCCGAUGUUACCUCAUGUUCCAACAGAGGAGCAAAGCUUUGCAGACUAUAUCACCCUCGACCGCAUCACCAAGGCUGGAGUCGGCUUGUACGACUUGUGUCCAGGUCCUGGUGAUUUUGUGGAUGAUCCUGGGUUGUGUCAAUCUCCUUGUUGCGCUGCGAGCGCCCACGUGUCUGAGAGAACCGUUGGAGGCAUGGCAGAAUGAACUGCAAGAGCAGAACUGGAGAUACGGGCUGUCUUGCCGGCUGCACCGCGCUCUGGUAGCCUUGUCGGUCCUGAUGGCCAUCUUCAUGGCCUGCCUCUCCUUCUUGGACCAACAACAUCCAUCAUCUUGUCGUGGGGCGGGCGUCUUGAACUGUUAUUGUACCUGUCUAUCUCGCAAAGCUCCCUCAAAAGUCCAUACCCCAGCUCUAUCGGUCUCCAGCAGCCGUUCUGGUGUGUCAGUUGAGAAAAACGACCAUCUCUUCCUCGUCCCCGAACGGCGCCCGAACAGAAUCGAGCACGAACAAUGGCUACAGCGCCGCAACAGCUUAUCGUCUCAAAAGGCCAUCUAUCCACACAAGUACUAUUACUGCCACGACCAUCGCAACAGGUACCAUUACCAACCUUACACCUUCUCACAACAGAGCAGCAGCCGAUACUCGAGUACCCUGCGCUCGGUCUCUGAGGGCCGAUGCUUGGACCUGGGUGACCGGAAUUCGUCCCUAUGCUCGUCGCAAUCCUCCUCUACUUCGGUCGGUAUCUCGAGGCCGUCGACUCAGACUCGUCCAUCCACCGUUUGCUCGCGGAGCCGAGCUAACAGUAACCCAGAGAGAGGAGAUCUGCGCCGGACGAUAUCCGCAAAUGACAAUACUCCUGCUGCUGUGGUAUCUGAUGUGCCACCCCUUCCCACCGCUCCGGCUCCGACGUGGUCUCCAGCGCUGCAUCAUACGCCACUGAGUGCCGAUCCUACCAUUCGAGCACUUAGUACCGGGUCGGCCUUGACACUCCAAUCGCUGCUGUAUUCAAAGGUGUCAGUGUCUCCAGAUUCGCAAAUAGUUGCCCAAGCUGGUGGAAACAUCAACACCGCCUUCACAGCGGGCCCUCCGACAGCUAAGCGUGAGGCGGCUGAGUCUUCUUCUUCCUCUUCUUCGUCGUCGUCCGGGCCAAGCGUCACGUCGACGAAGCUUGUAAAGAAGACCACCACCACCACAGAGCAGGCAAUAUCACCAAGAAAGCAGGUGCCGACGCCGAUGCCCUCUGUGCCUCCUCCACCUGUACCUCUGCCCACACAGCCUCCAGCAGCGCGUCGAGCAGCAGCAGCAGCCCCAGCUAUACCUGCCCGCGCACCAGGCCACCACCACUCAACGACACCUGGAGGUCCCACAGCGACAGCGACAUCACGGCCCACGACUCGAUCAAGAUCCGCCUCAGCAUCGGCCUCGACCGCUCCUGCUCCAGUUCGUGCGAAUCUCCGCCGGCCCAGUCCCAUCCGCUACAGACAUUAUCACCACCACCACCAGUACGCACACGGUAUGGGUUCAAGCCACAGCCAGACCCAACCGCCGCUGCCACUGCCAUUGCAGCAGUACCAACACCAACGCAUCUGGCGGCGCGAGAACAGCACCAAUCCUUCAAGCAUCUACUCGGCCAGCAGCUACGGGACUGGAAGUGAACGGACCACAUCGGUCUUGACGACCUCAAGGGGUAGUACCAGCACAAGCACCACCACUGCUGCUCCACAUGCGAGCCGCAGACCUGACACUGCCGGCGCAACGCGGCAGUAA